AUGCUGAGCCCUCCAACCUCCACCUCCAACACCCCUGACCAACCCAAGGAGGAGGAAGAGCGCAUCGUUGCGGAGGUCAGGAUCCCCGAUGGAGGACUACGCGCCUGGUCUGUUGUUUUGGGAGGGUUUUUGAACUUCAUCACGGCUUUCGGUAUCAUGAACUCCUUUGGUGUUUUCCAGUGGCAUUAUGGAGUGGCUGUUCUCGAAAAUGAAGCUGUUUCGACAGUGGCUUGGAUUGGUAGUGUUCAACUCUUCUUGAUGUUUGUCGGUGGUCUCUUUGUUGGCCCAGCAUUCGACAGAUGGGGAGCACGACGCAUCAUGAUUCCAGGUGCUAUCAUCUGCGUCAUGUCCCACAUCUGCACCAGCUUCGCCUCCAAGUACUAUCAGAUUCUUCUGUCUCAAGGAUUCCUUUUUGGCAUUAGAAACGCCAUGUUGUAUUAUCCUACCGCCGGCGCAAUCACCGAAUGGUUUAAUAAACGACGAGCCCUCGCUCUUGGGUUGGCCAUAUCCGGCUCUUCCAUUGGUGGCAUCGUUUGGCCCCUCUUGAUCUCGAGGCUUCUUAUCUCCGUCGGAUUUUCCUGGACGCAUCGCAUCAUCGCUUUUUCUUCACUGCCGGUUCUUGCCAUCGCUUGCUUCCUCGUCAAGGAACGAAAGGGUGCCGUGGGGCAUGACAUCCAUGGGCACAGACUUCGAUCGCCUCCGAGGCUCUUCAAAGAGAUCUUUCAGCGCCAAUUCCUCGCUCUCUGCGCGUCUCUCUUCUUCGUCUUCAUGGGGAUGCUUGUGCCUUUCAACUACAUAGGGCUUUACGCUGGUGCAGUAGGUCUACCUGACAAUAUGGGGAGCAGACUCCUAGCAAUCUGCUACGCUGGGUCGGUGGUUGGAAGAAUUCUGAACGGUUGGAUUGCCGACAGACUUGGCCGAUUCAACGUCCUCAUCGCGAUAUCGCUUGCGACCGGCGUGCUGAUUCUCGGCUGGACCAGAAUGGCUACCCUGGCCGGCCAGGUUAUCUUUGCCCUCUUCUACGGAUUUUUCUCUGGGGGUCUUGUGCCCCUCGGAUCUGCAUGCGUUGCUCAAACGACCACCGACAUAGGACACCUUGGUCUUCGCAUCGGCGUCAUGAUGGCGUUGUGCUCACCGGGCACGCUCACUGGAAAUCCCAUUGCCGGGGUACUUUUGGCUAAACUGUCGAAGUGGGAAGCCGUCCACGUCUUCGCUGGCUCAACCGUUCUCUUGGGUACGAUCGUCCUUCUCUAG